AACAGACACAGAGAGAGAGAGAGAGAGAGAGAGAGAGAGAGAGAGAGAGAGAGAGAGGAAGGGAGGGGGCGACCUAGCAAAGGGCAGAAGAGAAAAAGAGAGAGAGGGAAAGAGAAAAAUCUCCUAAUGUCUGUCUUCUUGUUCUACAUUUAGUGAACUCGCGGCGUUUCGCAGAUAAUGUCCGAGAAUGUCCAUUUCUGGGACUUUGAGCAACUAUUACGUGGACUCCAUCAUAAGUCACGAGAGCGAUGAACUCUCAACCCCGGCUCGCUUUCCCAGCGUCCAAUAUUCCGGCUCGAGCUCCGCUGCAGCCGCGGGCGGGAGGCAGCCCGGCGGCUCGGCGCACGCGGAGCAUCCCCAUCCCGAGUCGUACCCAUCAUGCAGCUUCCAGCCGAAGCCUCCGGUCUUCUCGUCGUCCUGGAGCCCGUUCAGUCCGCACCACGGUGCCAGUGGGCUCCCUACUGUCUACCACCCUUACAUUCCAGCCCAGCACGUGCCCGCCGCGGACACACGGUACCUUCGCUCGUGGCUGGACUGCGCGCCGCGCGGCUCCGAGUCCGUCCCGGGGCAGGGCCAGACGGGGCAGGUCAAGCUGGAGCCGCAGCUCGGCCAUCUCGGCGGGGAGAUCCCACCCAAAAUCGGCGGACAGCAUCAGCUCGAGACCACCACGUACAUCUUGGAGUCGACGUCCACGGCGGCGCGCGAGCUAAGCCACCAUCCGGCCGCCAUCCCGGGAGCAGGGUUCGAAGAAAAUAAGGACAUUUGUGAAGGGAGUGAGGACAAAGACGGCCUGGAUCAAAGUGACCCCUCGGCCAACUGGCUGCAUGCGCGCUCCUCCAGGAAGAAGCGGUGCCCGUACACCAAAUAUCAGACGCUCGAGCUGGAGAAGGAGUUCCUGUUCAACAUGUACCUCACGCGGGACCGGCGGCAUGAGGUGGCGCGCGCGCUCAACCUGACGGAGCGGCAGGUGAAGAUCUGGUUCCAGAACCGGAGGAUGAAGAUGAAGAAACAGAGCAAGGACCAACCUAAGGACUAGUGGGACUCUCACUCGCGUGCUCACUUAUACAUUCAGACGCGCACGCACUCACGCUCACAACAUGUAUCCAACAUAAACCUCCCUAUUUCUAACACAAAAUGGCCUUCCCAAAAACUGCAAAAACACAUACAUCUGCUGUUUCCCAAUUGUUUUAACCUCCAGGCUCUACCAAGUGAGCUUCAGUCCAAUCACACCGAUCUAUACAGCUGAUCAAUGGCUUUUAUUGAUCUCUAACAGACGCUGAGGACGCCUCCACGUUAUCACUGAAGUCUUAAGAGAGUCUGUCUGAUGUUUGAAGGGGGCUUUGGAAUCAUCUGAGUUUGUGGUCACGGAGGAGGAUGAUGGGUAAAACCUCACAGACCAACAGCAAUUCCUCCAGGACCCGCUCUCUUGUAAAUGGGUCGGACUGCAUAUGAAACUGCGGAUUGGACUGUUUGAUGAACUGAGAGCUCUUGUUCUUCCUACGUCUUCAUAGUUUUAUAUUAACGCUAUUAUUUAGGCUUUGAUAUUAGGCUGCAUUAUGAAAGGGAAGGAAGCAGCAAACCGCCAUUGAUGCUACAGCGGAGGGGGGGCAUACAGACAGAGAGAGAGAGAGAGAGAGAGAGAGAGAGAGAGAUGUUUUUUUCUUUUUUCUCAAGCACUACUCUUCCUUUUAUUAGUUAUUUAUUGUUCCGUCGCUGACACCGGAGGCGCGCGGAGGUGCUGAAACCGGGGUUUCACAUGGCCAUUAAUAAGCACGAGGAGCGAAGGGGGAUGCCCACACACACAUACACACACACACACACACACACACACACACACACACACACACACACACUCCUUCUUCUCCUCUUUUCUAGUUUCUCUCAUUGCUGGCAGGAUUUGAUUAGAAAGCGCCUGAUGGUCGGCGUUGAUACAAGCAGCGAGCCGCCGUUUGUUUCCCGGUUGUCGGUCUAAGUAAUGAGCAGAUACCGGAGGGGGGAGGAGGAGGAGGAGGAGGAGGAGGGUGGGGAAUGAUGGGGUGGCUGGGGUGUUAACCCGACUCAGCAACCGGGGAUCCGAUUAGGCUGCUGUCGAUAUCGUGGAUCCCCGCCCUUCGGCUACCUCUCCGGAUGCUUUAUACGCUGCGGCGGCUCAUCCGCGGCCUUUAUCGGCUAUCGAUAGUCUCUCCGCCUCCGCCUGGAGUUAACAGGGUUUAUCAGAGAGGAGACACAGCACAAAGCACCGUGUUUUAAAAAAUUACACCCACCAUUUUUGCAAUAAUCAUCAAUACUCCGUUUUUGGUUGAAUCCAGGUGAGAUUUAUCCGGAUCAGCACGUCAGACGAUAGAUGUAGUUGCUUCCUCUCAAUCCCUGACCCUGCAUGCUUUCUUAAAGGUGACACAAACGCUUAUUUAGACUGGACAGUAGAAAUCAGCCAUGGCUGCUCAUUCUCUUAGCUUACUAGCUAUUUCCAGUGAAGAUUCUAGUCCACAUGCGCUUGCAGCACUGCUCCGCGCCCUGCAGACCAGAACACCUAUCCUCCCUGACGCCAUCUUCCAGUCUUUAUUUAACGUGGUUCUCGCAUUGCGUUUUCUGAAAUGAUCAGCUCUAUUUUUAUACAUAUGCUACGGUAUGUUGUGUGUUCUCUGCUAUGCAAGGCGGGUUUCUCUCUCAUUUCAGGUAAUAUACAGAGAGUUGGCGCAACGGCGGUUUCCAAACGCACCCUGGGAGAAAAGAGCGAAACACCCCCGAUGCGCUGACAUGUUUACUGACAAUUUUUUACAUUUCUUUUUAGGCUUUUCCCCCUGGAAAUAUAAUCCCUAGAAGUUCUAUAAUAACAAGUUUAUAUCAACAGACAUAACAGAACACUUCAGAUUUAUUCCCGCGCCAAAUGCUUUAGCAAUAGUGUCUACAUUUAAUAGCUCGGAGUUUUAUCUGGUUAGUUUAUGCAGAAUUUUAUUGAUCUGAGUGUUAAAAUAUGAAGAAGAGGCCAUGUUGGAAGGCCGGCCGGCUACUAUGGCGUUAUUUGAAGUGUCGGCGCAGUUAAAUGGCGUCCGAUGGCAGUUUUAUGGACGGAUCAUAAACAACGCGUAGGCUUUACAACGUUUACAACAGUGUGUGUGCGUGUGUGUGUGUGUGUGUGUGUGUGUGUGUGUGUGUGAGAGAGAGAGAGUGAAGUGUGUGUGUGUGUGAGAGAGAGGUGUUGGAUGUUGCGGCACGCAGACCACAACGUCUGCGUGCGCGCCAGCAUUGUAAAAAUAGACAGUAUAUAAUAAUUUACACACACUCGCGUGGAUUUUGCCUCCAGUUCAGUUGGUGUUAUUCUCAUGUUUCCAUUCACAGGCAGAAACGAACGGGUCUACAACCAGCCUUUUUGCAAAGUCUUAAACAGAGAAGCGCUACAAUUCCUCGAUAAUCCGCACCGAAUCCUCUAUUUACGAGUACAAAUGUUUACAUGGUUUGCGCAUGCCUCGAGUCACUCGUCAUUUGAAGACGUUAUUUCGUCGUUUAGCUCUUUGUGUGUUAAAUCUGUCAGAGGGGAAUGCUUACUGCAGAAUUAAAACAGACUAAAUAGAAGUUUCUCGAUAGGAAAUAUUUCUAAUUUAUUGUAUAUAAAGUGAGUAACCUCGUCUUUCUUUUUGGAAUGAGUUCAAUAUGCUGAAUAUUGUUUUGUCUUAUUGGAACAUGCAUCUUACUGUAAUAUAGAUGGUUUUUUUCCUUUUGUCUGUCAUGUUCUUUAGAUUCUGUUUUCCAUGUUGUUGUGCCGGCUGUCUGAAUGAUCUGUUCUGAUGUCAGUCCGAUCAGCUCUCUGUGUAUGAUUUGUUUAACGGUAAAGUGUUGGGACAGAGAGGACGAAAAGGUUGGAUUAAACUGAAGCAAUGCUUCUCUGUAACUUAUCAUUUCUAUUUGAAUUAUUGACUCUGUCCCCUUCUGCCCUUACUAUGACUCUCUCCCGCUUCCCGCCCCAGUAUUUACUCUCCUGACUGGAGGAACAAAGUUUCUGGAGUAUUAUUUGCUGUUGAUAAAUAUGGACAGAGCUACACAAGUCACUCCUUUUUUUUUUUUUUAAAUGAGACAAAUGUUAGCCAUGUGGCCACAUAAAGGCUUUAUUAACGAGCAGGCGAACUCCAGUCACUCUGAUCCUCUCCUCCAUGUGAAAUGUUCCCUUCUUGUAUGUUUUCCUCUCUUCUGUGUGUUGUUGUCUCUUGUUUCUUUGUGCGAUGGCACUGCUGAUGCUGGAUUCCUAUUAAAGAGACUUUACAGUA